AUGGCCGUCGAAUAUGCCAUGGGUUAUCAUUUACACGCCCAAGAAGUACCCUUGCUUCAGACCGAUCCCUUGACGAUAUCGUCAGUAGACACUGACCGUCAUGUCAUCUUCAACUACUACCAUGAUGUAGAGUCCGUGGCAUGGAUCUAUCUAUGGUUUCUCUAUCAUCGUUUUCCGUCGUCCAUCUACGAAGUAUUGACGCCGAAUAAGCGGGCUGAGCUACGGAAGCUUUACGAAGGGGGAGGGGUCUACUUUUGGAAUGGAGCGGACUCGAGGCUUCCCGUCACCAUCGGCAAGGCGUCGAUACUCGUCAGACGUUUUCAGAACAUCCAUCAUGGGAAUGAGGAAUUGGUAACGCCGCUUGUGCUGUUUCUGCACCUCCGAGAAGCGUACCAAAAUCUCGAGAAGGAACCUCAGCAACCUCCUACACAGGGUGCUUGCUUCCAUUGGCCCAGAUCCCUAUUUUCCCUCGAAUUAUACGAAACCCGCAUUGCUCAUUUCCAGCAGAUACUUGAGAUACAGAGCAGUCGGGGUGUCCUUGCGGUUCCAGUCAAGCCCACUCAUAUAUUGUUGGAGUCUGAAAGACAACAUUGUAAUGGCAUAGAUACCAUGCACUGUAUGUAG